UAAAAAAAAUGUCGAGUGAAGAAGUCAUGUAAUCAGUGCCCGCAGAGAACAAGAGAGAGGGAGCAGCUUUCUGUUUCACGGACAGUUAGUUUCACUGGGUUCUACGGAGAUCAGGCGGCUUGAUAGAUGCAGCAUCCAUACAAGCUGUGAGAGGACUUGGAAACUCUAAAGCACACACACACACACACACACACUGGCUACAGAAGGGGGGAAGGAGGAGGUGAACAAUUGGGAAAGAGAGAGAGAAAACAAAAAAAAGAAAUUCAUGUCAUUUGGAGAUGGGGCAACAGGACAUCAGAAAGUGGCAGCUGGGAGCCCAAGUGAUUUUAUUCGUGGCAAUGCUGACCAUUGUCAAAACAGAGGACCCAGUUGAUGUCUUACAAAUACUGGACCUCCAGGACACCAUGGACGGAGUUGUAACAGUCGCGGGAUUUUGCACACAUCGAAAAGGCUCUGAAGAGACGGAUCUUGCACUCCGACUAGAAAACAAAACUCAUUUCAGCGCCCUGACUACGCAGUUAUUCCCAGAUGGACAUUUUCCAGAGAAUUUCUCCAUCCUAAUGACACUGAAGGCCAAGAAAAUGUCUCAGUUCUUCCUGUUGUCCAUUUACAAUGAUCAAGGGAUACAACAGCUCGGGGUAGAGAUUGGGCGAUCUCCUGUCUUCCUUUAUGAGGAUCAAACAGGCAAACCGACUCCUGAGGAAUACCCCAUCUUCAAAAAAAUUAACCUCUCCGAUGGCAAAUGGCACCGGUUGGCGAUCAGCGUUGAAGGGAAGAAUGUCACAAUGAUCGUUGACUGCAACCAGCAGAUAUCUGAGCAUCUAGCUCGAAGUGACAACCCAGAGAUCAGCACCAAUGGAAUCACUGUCUUUGGUACCAGGAUAUUGGAUGAGGAAGUGUUUGAGGGUGAUAUCCAGCAGCUGUUGCUGAGCCCGGACCCGAAAGCAGCUUACAGCUACUGUGAUCGCUACAUCCCCGACUGCGACAGCAUUCUACCCUACGCCCUGCGGCUCCCAGAGCCCGUUUACGAGGAAGAGACAGCCACCGCACGGCCGCGUCACAAAAAGAGGAGGAAGGGUCGCAAACGCUCUAGAAAGAAGGGCAAGGGCAGAUCAAAGAAAUCGAAAAAAAACCGCAAAAGGAAGAAGAAAGAUCGGGCUGCCUGGCAAAAGAUAGCAACUUUUGGGGUUGGGGAACAGGACAAGGAGCAGCCCCCCAUGGAGAAAGCAGAGAAUAAUUACGAUUAUUUCCUCGGUGCGGAAUACUACACUGAUUUGGAAUCCGCCAUCUUCAACGCCUCAAUGAAUGCUGAGGUUAUGGUGGAAAAUGCGACGGACCAUGAGACCAUGCAAGAGGAGCUCAUUGAAGAAUCAGAAGGCCCCUUUACAAACGAGUAUGAAAACCGAGAGUAUGAGACAAAUAACUACGAUUACUCAGAAGGAGACUACGAUGACCAGUGGAGCCAGCAGUUUGGGACAACUAGACGAGUGGAAUCAGAGACACAAGAUACAUGGAUGCAGAGCCUGAAAGGAGAGAAGGGGGAGAAGGGAGAGCCUGCAGUCAUUGAGCCUGGAAUGUUGCUUCCUGGACCUGCAGGACCUCAGGGGCCUCAGGGUCUCCCAGGAAGCCCAGGAUCGACGGGUGUGCGUGGACAACCCGGUGACCCAGGGCAGCCGUUCCCCCUCAUUGUUUCUUGUCUGGUUCUUUGUCUCUUGUUUCUUCAUUCCGUCAUUCUCUUUUCUCAUUUACCCCCCUCCCAUUCUUGGGAGACAACCCCCUUCACAUCUUCCCCCAUCCAUCUCCCCCUUAAGGAACCCAGUCCUAUCCUGAGCCAUCCUUUGUUCAGAGCCUGGGUGCCAAUGGAAGGGAUGUACCCGCCGUUCUCGAGUAUUGUUGUCCUCGAGUGCUGUUGUUCAGAGUACCUGCUGUUCUCGAGUAUUACUGUUCUCUUGUGCCUUUGUCCCGAGUACCUGCUGUUCUCGAGUACCUGCUGUUCUCUAGGUAACUUUGGUCCGAAGGGUCCACUCGGUCCAUCUGGGGAGAAUGGAGUACGGGGUAGCGAUGGAGCAGUCGGACCAAGGGGACUACCUGGUGAACCGGGGCCACGAGGCUUACCAGGCCCAAGGGGACAUGUUGGCCCUCCAGGACAGCAGGGAAUAACAGGUGUCGAUGGUCAUCCAGGUCAGAAAGGAAACUUGGGUCUUCAAGGUGAACCUGGACCUCCAGGACAACAAGGCAACCCAGGACCUCAGGGCUUUCCUGGACCUCAAGGCCCCAUUGGACUUCCUGGUGAAAAGGGUCCUCCAGGCAAGCAGGGUCUGCUGGGUCUGAUUGGAGCAGAUGGUCCUCCGGGUCAUCCUGGUCGUGAAGGUCCAGCAGGUGAUAAGGGGAAUGCGGGCCCUCCUGGUGCACAGGGUCCAGUUGGAUAUCCUGGGGUCAGAGGUGUCAAGGGUGCUGAUGGAGUCAGAGGACUGAAGGGACACAAAGGGGAGAAGGGAGAAGAUGGAUUCCCUGGUUACAAAGGUGACAUGGGACCCAAAGGGGACAGGGGAACUCUUGGUGUUCCUGGCCUGCCUGGGUACCCAGGAAGAAAAGGUCCAAAGGGUUCAACGGGAUUUGCAGGAUCUCCGGGUCUGAGUGGAGAGAAAGGCAGAAGGGGUAGAGCCGGGCCCCCUGGCAUCCGUGGACAGCGAGGACCCACGGGCGAGCGAGGCGAAAGAGGGCACAGAGGACCUCCUGGCAAGCCUGGACCAAAGGGAAUUGCCGGUAACGAUGGCCCACAAGGUGCCCCAGGGGAGAAGGGACCACAAGGACCUCAGGGACCCACUGGGUUUCCAGGCCCCAAAGGACCCGCGGGACCCGCUGGAAAGGAUGGGAUACCCGGGCACCCCGGGCAACGCGGUGAGCCUGGUUUCCAAGGCAAGACCGGACCACCCGGUCCCCCUGGAGUUGUGGGACCCCAGGGUUCCGCUGGCGACAGUGGCCCAAUGGGAGAACGGGGGCACCCUGGAGCUCCAGGACCUCCAGGUGAACAGGGCAUCCCAGGCAGCGCAGGGAAGGAAGGGGGAAAGGGAGACCCCGGUCCCCUUGGAUCUCCUGGUAAACCUGGCCCUGACGGAUUACGGGGAUUCGCAGGGGCCCGAGGACUGCCAGGUGCUGCGGGGCCUCCUGGACUGAAAGGAGCAGAAGGACCAAUGGGUGCACCAGGACUGACAGGGUCUACAGGCGAACGUGGGCCGAAUGGUCCAGCUGGUGCUAUUGGCCUCCCAGGUCGACCGGGUGGUCCAGGGCCUCCAGGCCCUGUUGGAGAGAAAGGAGAUCCUGGUGACAAAGGUCUUCCAGGUCCUGCAGGUGACGAUGGCGUCCAAGGUGCCAUGGGUUUACCGGGUCCAAUUGGUUCUCAGGGCCCGCCGGGAGAUUAUGGGGACAAGGGGGAGCUGGGAAAGCCAGGACAAAAAGGCAGCAAAGGAGACAAAGGGGAAUCGGGUCCCCCAGGGCCCAUAGGAAUACAAGGUCCGAUUGGACACCCUGGUCCCAUUGGUUCUGACGGUAGUCCAGGCCUGAGAGGCUAUCUGGGAAUGCGUGGGCAGAAAGGUGACGAUGGAAUCCGUGGACUGCCAGGCUCUGCUGGUCCUGUUGGACUUCAGGGUCUGCCUGGCCCUCCUGGCGACAAAGGUGAAAGCGGAGAUGUUGGACCAAUGGGCCCACCUGGUCCUUCAGGAGUGAGAGGGCCUCCAGGUGCCAAUGGUGCAACUGGUCCUUCAGGACUCCCAGGUGGCGUGGGCAACCCAGGACCAGUGGGUGAAAAGGGAGAGACAGGAGAAGCUGGAGACCCAGGCACACCUGGAGAGCCAGGUAUCGCUGGUCCUAAAGGCGAUGUUGGUGAUAAAGGGGACGCAGGUCCGCCAGGUGCAGCAGGACCUGCAGGGGUCAAAGGUCCUCCAGGUGAAGAUGGUGCUAAAGGCGAUGUGGGUCCGGCUGGUUUUCCCGGUGAUCCCGGUCCAACAGGCGAGCCAGGUGUCCCGGGGAUGGAUGGUGGAGUUGGUGAAAAGGGCAGUCUUGGUGAUCCUGGCCUGACGGGUCCACGUGGUGCAUCCGGUGAACCAGGCCCUCCUGGAUCGCCUGGAAAGAGAGGACCACCUGGACCUGCAGGCCCAGAGGGUCGAGAAGGCCUCAAGGGUUCAAAGGGUUCUCCAGGACAGGAAGGCCCAGUAGGCAGGACCGGGCCUAUAGGCCCACAAGGGUCACCAGGCAACGUUGGACCAAAAGGUCUCAGAGGGAUACCUGGCCCUACAGGAGAACAAGGCCUCCUCGGACCCCCUGGCCAGGCCGGUCCCCCAGGACCAAUGGGUCCUCCUGGUAUGCCUGGUCUCCGGGGUGCUCAAGGGUUAAAAGGUGACAAGGGGCACGUUGGAUUAAUUGGGUUAAUCGGACCUCCUGGUGAGAUGGGUGAGAAGGGAGAUCAAGGUCUCCCAGGAAUCCAAGGGAUACAAGGCACCAAGGGGGAUGUGGGUCUUCAAGGUUUGAGUGGUCCAAUAGGCCCGCAUGGAUCUCCUGGUUUACCAGGUCAACAGGGUUCAAAAGGAUCGAAAGGUUCUGAAGGACCAGUGGGAUUCAAAGGCGACCCAGGACCCCCUGGCCCUCCAGGUCCACCUGGUCCACCAGCAGAGAUAAUACAGCCACUGCCGAUAUACAGGUCAAAGACAAGAAGGCACGCGGAGACUGAGCAAGCUGACGAUGCCGGUAGGAGUCUCUUUGACUACACAGAAGGAAUGGAGGAGGUGUUUGGAGCCCUAUCUUCACUGAAAGAUGAGGUGGAGCUGAUGAGGCGUCCAGUGGGGACUCAGAGUAACCCCGGCCGAACCUGCAAGGAGCUUCAGCUCUGUCACCCACACUUCAAGGAUGGCAAUUACUGGAUCGACCCCAAUCAAGGCUGCUCCAAGGAUUCCUUUAAGGUCUUCUGUAACUUCACUGCAGGUGGAGAAACCUGUAUUUUCCCUGACAGGAGAACUGAAGGGGUUAAAGUUUCAUCUUGGCAAAGGGACAAACCUGGAACCUGGUACAGCAAAUUCAAGCGAGGCAAGCAGCUCAUGUACGCCGACGCUGAUGGCAAUCCUGUCCAUGUGGUCCAGAUGACCUUCCUGCGCCUCCUGAGUGCCACAGCCCGGCAGAGGUUCACCUACAAUUGCCAGCAGUCCAUUGGUUGGUACGAUGCUGCUGCAAAGAGCUACAAGAAGGCAGUGCGUUUCCUAGGAGCCAACGAUGAGGAGCUGUCGCACUCCAAGACCCCGUAUAUCAGUGCCAUCUAUGAUGGCUGCAAACUGAGGAAGGGCACUGACCGGACUGUGCUGGACAUUGAAUCUCCGCGUGUUGUUGACUUGCCCAUCAAAGAUGUCGCUGUGACUGACUUCGGAGAGCACCAGCAGAAGUUUGGUUUUGAGGUUGGCCCUGUCUGUUUCAACAGCUAAACCUCAGAACGCGUGCCCCACUAUUUUCUCUGUGUCAUGUGUUUUUAAAUGCAAAAUGCACAUUUUUUUUGUAUUCCCUUUUGUCUCUAUUAUUCAUGCUGCAGAUGUUUUUUUUUAUUGUGUGUGAAUAACAAUAAAAUAAUUCUUGCCCUUGUGGGGCUCAAGUCUUAUGACCUUUUGAAGAGGCCAAGUCAGUGGUGGUUAUCUCUGGGUCAUUCUAAAUUCCACAGUUGUUCUGCUCUGAUGGUAGAUGGCUAGGAGAGUCUUCUUCCCAGUAAUUCCCGAUUGUUGCAGAGGACUGGUGCACCAAAACUCCUCCCUUCGAGAGGCGUCCUUUCUCCAAUAAGAUUCAACCUAUGACCUACUUCCUCAGUCUCCUAACACACAGGCAUUUGCAAGUGAAGUGUUGAACCAGGAGAUUACAUUAAGGAUUUGAAGCCAAUCCCUUGACACUGCUGCCUUGGUAAUGAAGCUGAGAAAGCAAAAUAAGAAACUACAUUCAACACUGCUUCGGCUUCAGGCUGACAUUUUCCUGUGGCCUCAUUGAAGCAAUGCAUUAAAAAUGCCCUUAAAUCUGGUAGAUUGACCCUUUAUCAGCUAGUUUAUUUUUCAAAAAAGAAAACCCUCAAAUUAUGUUUUGACUGCUGAAAAAUUAACUAACCCCUACUUGGAUUCAGAGUCUACAGUGAAAUCUUUAGCAUGAUGUCUACCUGUAACUGAGUGGUGGAUGUAUGUGGCAAUUAGCCCAAGGCUCCACCCUGAUGCACAGAGCUUGAUCGCAUGCUGGUGUGCCUUUGUUUGCAGCAGGAUACCAUUGGCAUUCAUUUAUGUAGAAAUACAGAGAGUCUACAAUCCCCAAAAAGAGGCCAUUCAGUCCACCAAAAUGGUCUAUGCUAGCAUAUGUACUCCACUUAUGUAGAAAUACAAUGAGUCUGCAACCCAGAAACAGGCCAUUCAGUCCAUCAAAUGGUCUAUGCUGGCAUGUAUACUCCCCGAGUCUCCUACCUGCCAUGCCCUUCCUCCCUUACAUACCCCACUCCC